AUGCAACCACAUCAGAGUGCGCUAGCAUCCGUGGAUGAGCCGGCUCCGAAGCGAGUCAAACGGCCACGCGCCGCCCAGGCUUGCGACCGGUGCAGGACGAAGAAGUAUAAGUGCGAUGAACAGUAUCCGUGCUCACACUGUAAAAAGAGCCAUUUGGACUGUGUGUACCAGGGGAAUUACCGAGAGCGUGAAAGCAACCGAUCUGCAAGGUAG